GGUCGUCCUUCGUCGUCGACACUCGACUCUCGUGUCUCGAUAAAACUCGGGGAUCGCCCAAGUGCUCGUUACCAAAACGGUAAACUGGUACUCUCAUUUUCCAGUACGCGAUAUAAGAAUUUUGACCUUCGAGUCGAAAUCGGCAAGAUCGAACGAUCGAAGUCGCAAGGGUGAACACGAGGGGAUCUUGAUGCGUCCCGUCGCGUGGACGCGCACGUCGCGUCUGAGAGAUCUGCCGCGAUACCGGUCUCAUCGCCGCCAUGAUCCACCGCGGAGUGUCUAGAAUCCAGGAACGAUCUUGAGAUAAGGGGUCACGAUGUGCCGACGGUACUGGCCUAUCAGCUGAGAAACACGAGGUCGAGAAACGGUGCCGGGAGCAUCGGGUACCCGGUGGUAGCUGGAAUCCGAGUGAUUAGUUAGAGUAUCCUCGAAACACCUACGGAAGGGACCAGUGGGAAAGAAAGCGAUUUUGGACAGCUCGCGAGAGGAGAACGGAGAUAGAGAGAAGUCGGACAUCGAGUGAAAGGAAACGUGUACAGAGGGAGACACAGAGGGAAAAUAGAUAGACAGAUACAGAGAAAAACAGGACUGAAAUUGUCGAAAUACCGAGUGCGUGGGAGACGAAAAAAACUGGCAGCCGACGGGGGGAAGUGUGAGAAGUGCAAUUUAACGGCCGUUGGGAUAACACCGCAGUAAAAGUGGGUGCACUGGGGCCCUCGGGACCGUUCGGCCGAUACGGGCCCGUGGAAGGUGGGCCUGGUGGUGGUCCCGGGCCCGGCGAGAGAGUGGGGGCAGGGGUGGCCGCAGUCGCGGCUGGGGAAGUGGAGGGCUACGGGGGCGCCGGGGGCGGGGGAGGGGGCCCCGGGGGGGUUGGAACCCCCCGGAUAAGGGUCGCGACCCUCGGCGGGCCUUGCUGCGCACCCCUGCCCGUCACACAAGCCUGUAACAUAGCAGGGAGACGCGGAUUGGCGAUGCUCCUGUCAUGUGCAGGAUGCGACAAACCAAUUAUGGAUCAGUACCUGCUGAAUGUUUUGGACCGAGCGUGGCACAUCGAGUGCGUUCGCUGCUUCGAUUGCAGAAUCACGUUGCAGGACAAGUGCUUCUCCAGGGAGGCCAAACUUUUCUGCAGAGAGGACUUCUUCAGGCGAUACGGCACGAAGUGCGGCGGUUGCCUCCAAGGGAUAAGCCCUCAGGAUCUCGUGAGGAAGGCGAGGGACAAGGUUUUCCACCUGAAUUGCUUCACCUGCCUGGUGUGUCGGAAGCAGAUGAGCACGGGAGAGGAGCUCUACGUCCUGGACGACAACAAAUUCGUCUGCAAGCAGGACUACCUGUCGGGCAAGCCGCUGCCGGACACGCAUCACGUGCACGGUCAUCAUGAAUCGUCCAACCUUUCGGCAGGAGGAGACUCGUUGAUGGGUUCGGGAUCGGAAGACGAGGACGAGGACGGUAGUGCUCAUCAUCAUCACAGUGGUGUCGGGGGUUCUCACCUGGGGCCUCACAAUUUGGGCCCGGCUGGUCCUGGCGACCAAACGGUUGGGCACGCCGGCGAUCUACCUCUUGGAAGUGACCCUUGCAAGCAAGAAGACUCGGAGGAUCAAGGUUCCCUGGACGGAGAUCCCGAGACGAGGGAUAGCCAAACGGAGAACAAAAGUCCUGAUGGCGGCGCUGGCGGUGGUAGCGGCGACGGCGGUGCCGGCUCGAAGAGGCGAGGACCGAGAACGACCAUAAAGGCGAAACAGUUGGAGAUUCUGAAGUCGGCAUUUUCGUCGACACCGAAGCCCACCAGGCACAUCAGGGAACAGUUGGCGAAAGAGACUGGCUUGCCCAUGAGAGUGAUACAGGUCUGGUUUCAAAACAAGAGGAGCAAGGAGCGUAGGUUAAAACAACUGACGUCGAUGGGCAGGAGCCCGUUCUUCGGCGGUUCCAGAAAAAUGAGGGGCUUCCCUCUGAACCUGAAUCCCGGUGCUCUGGGCGGCGAGGACGGACCGCCGCCUGGUUUCCCGUAUUUCGGCGCGGAGAAGUUCGAAUUCGGUUACGGCGGGCCCGUGGCGUUUCAUCACGAAUACUUCGGUGCUCAUCCGCCCCCUCAUCCGCACGGACCGCCCUUCAGUGGACCGGGCAAUCCUGUACGUAAUCUGUUUCUGACAGGUUUGGACCCUGCGAGUUUAGCGGGUAUGGCAGCCGCAGUGGCGGUGGCAGGGGAAUAUCCACCUCCGGGUGCGGGAGGCGGCCCUCCGGAAUUUCUCACGGGCCCUCCUGGACAGGGGCCCCCUGCACCUCCUGGCGGUAGCCCCGGCGAGUUCCUAGCACCUUCAGGUGGAGCACAGGGUAAUCCCAGUGCCGGUGGGAAUGGUGGCGGUCCAGGUGGCGGCGGCGGCGGCGGGGGUGGGUUCCUGGAGCCGCACCAGAUGCAGAGCGAAGGGCUGGCCUGGUAGUACGAGUUUUAAUUAACGUUCCGUUCGAGUUUCGUUGCUUUCCGUCGGCCUAAGCGAAAAAUCGAGCGAUUUCGAGAAAAAAAUCGAGCUGCUCGCGGAUCCGAUGGGGAGGCCUUCCGACUCUGUUCCGGUUCUCGCGUGGCUUUUGCCCGUGGCGAAAAGGUAAAAGUCGUCGCGACGUCAGGUUGACCUUGCAUCUUGUACCGUUCGGUUUUUGUAAGAUAUACGUACGAUAAGACGCUCGACCGUUCAACUUCGUUUCCGUCACGGUUAUCGUUGUCGUUGUCGACAUUAUUAUCUUUAUCAUUAUUUUUGAUUAUUAUUGUGGUCGUCGGUGAACGCCGACGGUGCUAUUUUAUUAUUAUUAUUAUUACGUGAAAACGAUUAAAUAUUAUUAUUAAUAUUAUUGUGUAUAAAAUUUCGAAUGUCCUAUCGUGUAAUAUUAUACCCUCCCUGUUGAUUACUUUUCGACGUUACUUUUAAGGAACACCCUGUAGAUAUGUGCUGUUAUACACUCGAUGAUUCGUACACACGAACACACGCGACAUGCGAGAGACACACGUGCAUGUACGGUAUGAUACACGCUGUAACAGUUACACACACAUAUUAUAUAUACACGUUCAGACAAGGAACACACGCGUAAUUCUACACUUAAAGACGCUGUACUAAUUAUCAUUAAAGUAUAAAUAUAAAUAGGAAUGUGUAACCCGUAACUGUUAAGGCGGCGAUCGAUGUAAAUAAACAUUGUCUUUUUGCGGAAAGCGCGCGAGCGAACGUUAAGUGGAAUGGGGGGCUCUGUCACCGAAUUAAGUCUUGUAAUUGUAAUUGCAACGCGAACACCAAGCGAGGGAAAGAGGGACACGCCGCCCGCGAUGCAUAAUGAUUAUAAAUAUUAUUAUAAUAAACCACCUCGUAUU